AUGCUAAAUAGAAAGCAAUUAACUAUUCACUUAGGUUUCAGGUCUCGUUAGACUUCUCCCUCUUCACAAGGAUCUGAAACUCCUAAACAUAAGAAAUCCAAUUCCUACCUCCAAUUCUCGCCUAAAUUGGAUUGCAAUAAUGGAUUACAAUUUGUAAACGAGAUCAAGGAAGUUAAAAUUAUAUCUCCCAGAACCGAAGAUCUUUAUUCUCCCAAGUCAAAGCCACUUUAAUAAAAGAACACAGUAAAAGAUGAAUAAAUGAAAAAGAGUCAGUUUAGUAAAACCAAAAAUGAAGAUUUCAUUUGA